AUGGAUCCUAGUGCAAAACUUAAAGAAUUCAAACGUCAAUUAGAUGAUGGUAAAAUCGAUAAUGACGAAUAUAAUAAACUCCAAAAAUCGUUACUAAGGAAGUGGUUGGACGAACCUGAGGAAACAAAAAAAUCUGAGCGUUCUCAUGUCGUUAAUAAACCAAAGGUAACAGACUUGUAUGAUGCUCUCCAGUUAAAACCAAGUGCAACUGAGGCUGAAAUUAAAUCAAGCUACAGGAAACUUGCUUUAAAGUACCAUCCGGAUAAAAAUGGUGGUAUUGAAACUGAAGAGUGGAACGAAAUUUCGAAGGCAUAUGAAGUUCUCUCAGACAAUGACAAACGUUCUCUUUACGACAACUACGGGACUAUAAAUGACUCCCUGGGAGGUAAAGCUUCAUUAAAUCAUUAUGUAGGAAGAGACCCUUUGCAACCUUAUAUUGGCAACCUUGAAAUUGGCCUUUUUUUAUUCUCAUUUAUGGAAAAUAUGAACUCACCUGAGCUAGAAAAUUUAACUUCAGCUGAGCAAAAAGAACGUCGUCACAUUAUUCGUGUAUCUAAUAUUGCUGAUCAUCUACAGAACAAACUUUCUCAAUUUCCGAGACAAGAUAAUUCUUCAGAAUUUGAAUUAUUUAUAAAAAGCCUUCAUCAAGAAGCUCAAAAAUUUGUCGCAGAACCUAAUGGCAAAGAGCUUUUGACCCUUUUAGGAAAAAUUUACGUCUCCAAAGCCGAAGCUCAUAUAAGCAAUUAUUCUAUGACAUCCCGAUUAGAGAAAUUUUCCAACCUUUUUAAUGGUCUUGAAUUUAUGGUGUACUUGAUUUUCAGUAAUGUAACCGUCAAAAUUAAAGGCGGACCUCCAGGAAUGAAUCAGGAGGAGGUUUGUCGAUUAGUUUGGCGACUUUCACGAUCAGAAAUAUCUUCCGUUGCGCGUGAGGCUUGCGAUAAAAUCCUGAAUAACAAUACUCAUCUUGCCAAUUCAUUGUAUCUCCUAGGCAAGGCAUGGUUAGAAGCAUGCAAAUGA